AUGUCAAAGAUGUACAUUCUGGAGGUGAUGGAGCAUGUUGACGCCAUUCGCAAGAUUAGGCGAACAAGCAGACAGACGUCCUCUCUAGGAAGUUCUGAUGUUCCUGUUAAUGGAUAUUUUGAAAUCGGAAUAGAUUUAAAUUCAUGGACCGCUGGCCCUAUGUUCAAGGGGAUAAAACUUAUCCCUCCUGGUAUACAUUUUGUUUUCUAUAGACAGUUGGAUGAGGCGUUAGAAAAUAUGGGCGUCGAAGAAGAAAAACGUGAAGCAGAACUGAAGAAAUUCACAGUUCAAAGCCGCUCCUUCUUUUCUAGUAUUCCUCUAGCACCCAAAUACGCGGAUCCAAAGGAUCUGACUGCUUAUCACAUGGACAAGUCCUUACUUCUAGAAACAUUAGUGCAACGAGAAUAUGACGGCAAUCCAAAUGGUCUGUUAGGAGAAAUUCAAUACGCCUUUAUUAUUUUUUUACUGGCCCAGGUAUAUGAAGGCUUUGAGCAAUGGAAAACACUGGUUACUCUCGUGCUCUCGUGCGAACGCGCCAUUUACGACAGCAACUAUGUAAAGUUCUUUAAAAACUUUUUGAUUGCUAUCAGAAAACAACUGAAGCACAUAAAUGAGGAUUUCUUCGUAGAACCUAUAUCAGAAACAUUUCUUCAAUAUCACCUCAAAUCAUUCUUUGAUUGUCUAGACGAAGGCACAAACAUUGACCAUGAUCUGAUAAGCGCGGCAACUAAAUUAAAAAGUUUUGUUAAAAAAAAAUUUAGAAUGAAUUUUGAGUUAGUGCUCAACGACGAGGCUCCUGUAGUUGUAGAAAUUGAAGAAGACAAAUUGUCAACAUAA